AAUUAUUUUCUCGUAGGCCGAGAGUGACUUUGCCAAAGGUCCCAGAUUUGUAGGGGGAAUACUAUUGAUAAUUGGUUCGACAAUAACCGGGGUCUCUAUCAUCGGUUUUAUAGUGUCAUGCUGCUUUUAUGCUAAAUACGAGAGGGAAAGGCAUUUGGUGACACGGGCUCAGCCCAUGCCUAACCCCAUUCCGCCCUUGCCUAACAUGGCUGGUGCCUAUCCACACGCACCUACACCUAUACCGAUACCCGUAUCAAAUGUCGACUAUCCAUCUAAUAUUACCCGGGACCUGUCGUAUCAAAUGGGGGAGUGA